AUGCCGAACGUGUUGGUGUACGAGGGCCCUGGGGCGGGGCCCCGAUCGGUGCUCAGCGCCCUGGAGAGCCUCAGGCUCGCCCUCAAACCCAGCGUCCAGGUCAGGAGCAUGGCGUCCCAGGAGCUGCUGGCAGGGCGGUGGCGGCAGGACUGCCUGGCUCUGGUGAUGCCGGGUGGAGCCGACACCCCUUACUGCCAGGUCCUGAAUGGGCACGGCAACCAGCUGAUCACAGGCUUCGUGGCCGAGCAGGGCGGCGCCUACCUCGGCCUGUGCGCGGGCGCCUACUACGCCUCGGCCCGCAUCGAGUUCGAACCCGGCUCGUCCCUGGAGGUGGCAGGGCAGCGCGAGCUGGCUUUCUUCCCCGGCACGGCGCGCGGCAGCGUGGUGCCCGGCUUCGACUACCGCUCCGAGGCCGGGGCUGCCGCGGUCCCCCUCUCUGUGGCCGGCGAGGUCGCCACCGAGUGCCGCGACUACUCCAACGGCGGCCCGGCCUUCCACCCCGACGCGGGCGCCCUCCCGCCGGGCUGCCGCGCACUGGCGCGCUACGCCGACCUGGCGGGGACCCCCCUGGCGGCGCUGGCCUGCGCUGUGGGCGCCGGUCGCGCCGUGCUGUGCGGGACGCACCCGGAGCUGGCGCCGCACUGGCUGGGCCCGCCCGAGAGCGCGGCCGUGCCGGCGCAGGCGGGGGUCCCCCCGCUGACCGGCGGCGGCGACCAGGCGCGAGCGCUCCAGCUCCAGCGCGCCCUCGGGCGGCAUGGCGCGGCGCGCUGGGACCUCUGGCUGCUGCUGCUAGAAGCUGCCGGCCUGGGCGCCUGGCUGGCCGUCCAGCAGGGCGGGCCACCACCCGAGGGCUGGGCGGAAGGCGGUCACAUAUGA